UAGUACAGAUCCAAAAGCAAGCUGUGCAGACAUCUUGUGCAACAAUCUAAAUUCCAAAGCAGAUGAUGUCACCUAUCUAUGCCCUAUAAAUGGAGCAUUGUUUCACAUGUAUCUGAGCAAUUUAUCUGCACGAAUACCCCGUGCUACCAGAAUGGCUGUCUCAGUACUUCGCCUGACAGUUGUCCUGGGACUGCUUGUCUUAAUCCUGACCUGCUAUGCAGACAACAAACCAGACAAGCCAGACGACAAGCCAGAUGACUUGGGCAAAGACCCAAAGCCAGACUUCCCCAAAUUCCUAAGCCUCCUGGGCACAGAGAUCAUUGAGAAUGCAGUCGAGUUCAUCCUCCGCUCCAUGUCCAGGAGCACGUAAGCACUGAGAAAAACGUUGCUUUUUGUCCAGUUCUCUGUUGAUAAUGACCACACAAUGACCACAUGGCAUUAAAAUAUAUGAGAAACAAAA